UCGUGGCUAGUUCAGGCGGAAGGAGCAGUCCUCUGAAGCUUGAGGAGUCUCUAGAACUAUGAGCCCGAGGCCUUGCCCUCUCCCAGAGCGCAGAGGCUUUGAAGGCUACCCCUGGGAAGCCGCUCACCGUCGGAAGCUGCGGAAGCUGAAGCUGCGCCAUCAUCACUGUAGGCGGCCAUGACACCGCUAGUCUCCCGCCUGAGUCGUCUGUGGGCCAUCAUGAGGAAGCCACGAGCAGCCGUGGGAAGUGGUCACAGGAAGCAGGCAGCCAGCCAGGAAGGGAGGCAGAAGCAUGCUAAGAGCAACAGUCAGGCCAAGCCUUCUGCCUGUGAUGACUGCUGUGUCCCAAGACCCUGGUACCCAGCCUAUGCAGGGAUGAUUCCUGAGUGUCCUGGGGCCCCAGCAGGCCUGGCCAGGCAGCCGGAAGAGGUGGUAUUGCAGGCCUCUGUCUCCCCAUACCAUCUAUUCAGAGACGUAGCUGAAGUCACAGCCUUCCGAGGGAGCCUGCUAAGCUGGUACGACCAAGAGAAGCGGGACUUACCAUGGAGAAGACGGGCAGAAGAUGAGGUGGACCCCGACAGGCGGGCAUAUGCUGUGUGGGUCUCAGAGGUCAUGCUGCAGCAGACCCAGGUUGCCACUGUGAUCAGCUACUAUACCGGAUGGAUGCAGAAGUGGCCUACACUGCAGGACCUGGCCAGUGCUUCCCUGGAGGAGGUGAAUCAGCUCUGGGCUGGCCUGGGCUACUAUUCUCGUGGCCGGCGGCUGCAGGAGGGAGCUCGGAAGGUGGUAGAGGAGCUAGGGGGCCACAUGCCACGUACAGCAGAGACCCUGCAGCAGCUCCUGCCCGGCGUGGGGCGCUACACAGCUGGGGCCAUUGCCUCUAUCGCCUUUGGCCAGGCAACCGGUGUGGUGGAUGGCAACGUAGCACGGGUGCUGUGCCGUGUCCGAGCCAUUGGUGCUGAUCCCAGCAGCACCCUUGUUUCCCAGCGGCUCUGGGGUCUAGCCCAGCAGCUGGUGGACCCAGCCCGGCCAGGAGAUUUCAACCAAGCAGCCAUGGAGCUAGGGGCCACAGUGUGUACCCCACAGCGCCCACUGUGCAGCCAGUGCCCUGUGCAGAGCCUGUGCCGGGCACGCCAGAGAGUGGAGCGGGAACAGCUCUUAGCCUCACGGAGCCUGUCAGGCAAUCGUGAUGUGGAGGAGUGUGCUCCCAACGCUGGACAGUGCCAGUUGUGCCUGCCUGCUUCAGAGCCCUGGGACCAGACCCUGGGAGUGGUCAACUUCCCCAGAAAGGCCAGCCGCAAGCCUCCCAGGGAGGAGAGCUCUGCCACCUGUGUUCUGGAACAGCCUGGGGCCCUUGGGGGUGCCCAAAUUCUGCUGGUGCAGAGGCCCAACUCAGGUCUGCUGGCAGGACUGUGGGAGUUCCCGUCCGUUACCUGGGAGCCCUCAGAGCAGCUUCAGCGCAAGGCCCUGCUGCAGGAACUACAGCAUUGGGCUGGGCCCCUCCCAGCCACGCGCCUCCGGCACCUUGGGGAGGUUGUCCACACCUUCUCUCACAUCAAGCUGACAUAUCACGUAUAUGGCCUGGCCUUGCAAGGGCAGACCCCAGUGACCACCGUACCAGCAGGCGCUCGCUGGCUGACCCAGGAGGAAUUUCACACCGCAGCUGUUUCCACCGCCAUGAAAAAGGUUUUCCGUGUGUAUCAGGGCCAACAGCCAGGGACCUGCAAGGCUCUCCCUUCGCUGAGAAAGCCAGACAACUCCGUUUGGCUCCUUCUGUAAAUGAAGCCUUGCAAAUAGGGUUCAAGGACUCGUCACCCACCCGCUUCCUCAAGGAGUUAACUUGUGUAUGCAGACUCUCAACAUAUCAAAGAGUCCAAUUAACUGAUAAGGUACUGAAGCAAGCAAUCUUUGAAGUUCCCAGGAUUUUGCUCAAGAGAUAACACCAUAAAGCCUUGAGUUUGUGUCCAACAGAGCCCACAUAUAUAACAUCUUAUGAAAGAUUUAGAGUCCCUGUACCUGGAAACUGUUUGUUUCUCUGUAACCAUUUGUCUUUUUAACUUUUUUUACAUGUUUCUACUUCUGUAAAUUGUUGCAGCUGAACUCCCCCUCCCCUUCCUAAACUGAAGUAUAAAGAAAAUCGAACCUUCCUGGGGUGGAGAGAAUUUCGAGCGUUAGCCAUUUCUCACUCACCGGUUAAUAAAGGACUUUUUUUUUUUUUU